GCUCUGCCGACAGCCUCGGAGUUGUCGAAGGAUCUGAUGCCCGGGCCGUACCCCCGGACGGCGGAGGAGCGCGCAGCCGCCGCCAAGAAGUACAACAUGCGGGUGGAGGACUACGAGCCCUACCCCGACGAUGGCUUCGGGGGGUUUGGUGAUUAUCCCAAACUUCCUGAUAAGUCCCUUCAUGAGAGAGACCCUUGGUACCAGUGGGACCAGCAGGACAUGAGGCAUAACUGGGGGGAGCCGAUGCACUGGGACUUCGACAUGUAUAUUCGGAACCGUGUUGAUACCUCCCCCACUCCAGUUCCCUGGCACACCAUGCGCAAACACUUCCUUAUCUUUUUGGGUACCAUGCUGACCAUGUUUUGUGUUGGACACUACUUUCCAUCUUACAGGCCUGUGGGACCGAAGCAAUAUCCCUUCAAUGACCUGUAUCUGGAGAGAGGAGGAGACCCCAAUAAAGAGCCACCAGUGGUGACGUACUAUGAAAUCUGA